AUGCACGUUGUCAAUUCAGGAUACAUGGACUUCGAUCAGGCAGCUUGGGCAUCGACGAGCUCGGCCGGGCACCUCUUCGGCUCUUGCAGCAUGACUGGCUCGAUCUUGGCUGGGGAACAUCCGGGCUGGCUGUUCCCGCCACUUGGAUCCUGGAUCCAGCUAGAACCAGGCCGUCAACGUGGGGCUCGGGCUGAAAUCUGGAGCCGCAUCGUGUCAUUCGGUUCGGGCUGCGGGUCGCUCACGACGAGGCCUGUGGGUUACGAGGACCGGACGAUCGCCACGGACGGCUGGGAGGCGACCGAGACGAAGAUUGCAUGCUGGAGGGUCGCCACGAGGACGUGGGUGACGGCCCGAACGGUCACCGAAGCAGCUGAUUGGACGGAGGUGGGUAGCCGGAGAACGGUGGGCGACGGAGAAGCUCACUUGAGAUCUUGCGGGCUGGAGCACAGACGGCUCGAAGACUUGCGGGCCGAAGAGCUCGCAGACACGAGGAACGGUGCCAAGCGGAGCAUUGACGGCUCUCGCAGUCGGCACGGCACGGCGCAGUUCAAACCGAAAGUGAUGAUUGUUGAUAUGCAGCGGCGGACGCUUGCCGUCGUCGACGCUCCGCCUGACGACUACACGAUGGUCGCGCUUCUGUAUGCGAUUGCUGGCGUGCCGGGGGCGUUGUUCGGUGUCGAGAUCGACACCAAUCUGCAGGUGUGGCAGCUGAAGCAGAAAAUCAUGGAAAGGCGGAAAGAAGAGUUCGUGAAGGUCGCGGAGAAGAACGUGGACCUCUUCCUGGCAAAAGCGGACGUGAAGGCGAUGAUGGCGACAUCAAUCGAUCUAGGUGCAGCUAUUGGUGCAGUUUUCAAAGAAGCCCCGCAGCGCGAUCAUGUCCACGUGCUAGUGCGGAAGGGCGGCGACAUGGCAAGUGGAAAUUACGACAAGCAGAAUCACGCGAUCAACCUCGUAUUGAGUGGACCAGGAACCGGGAAAUCCCGCAUGCUGGAUGAGAUGGAUGGAAUUCUGCUCAGAGCUGCUGAACUAUCUGGAAACCAAAAGCUGUUGAAGAGGAUGAAGAGGAAGAAGAGCGUGUAUACGUUCCAUGUGACGUUUGAGAAAGGAACAUCUGCGAAGGGGUCGUUGAUCAACACAGAAGACCCGGACCACGACGUCAGCUACCGUAUGCUCUACCAGCUCACGAAAAACAGAACCGAUUGGUCCGCGUUUUGCUCUGAAAUGAAGCGAUUGUAUGGCCAUCUCCCAUUGUCGAUUGGAAUGGUUAUUGAUAUGCUGGCCGAUCUGGAGGGGACUGACGUGGAGAGCAUGACCGUCGUUUUGUGUGUGGAUGGACUGCAGAAGCUCACGAACAACGGCACCAAGGACUGCGACUUGUACUCAGUGUUGGCUUCAAUUUGCAGCUUCAUGAACGCAUCCAAAGCGUUUGCUGUUUGCGUUUGCUCGGCAACAGUUCAAACUCCUGUCAAAGAAGCGCUGGCAAAUUCAUCGCAGAGGCGCGUGUUUCUAGUUCCUCCAGUCAUCACUGGUGACGUCUUGGGUGCAAAGACGAGAUUGGAGAGGCAGUUGGUGGACGAUAUGGGGGGCAUGGCCGAGCUCUUGAGAUAUUACACGAGAUUUUUGGCAAGUACUCGAGCGAACAAUUGGAAAAACUGGAUCCAGUGA